AUGCCCCGCAACACCCACCGUUCUACUGCCUCGCAAGCUCGUAAAAGGACUCCAACUACCCUGCGCCUUCGUCUGUCCAAACCGCCUGUUCCGGAUGUUCCGGAUAAUGACGAGAAUCCAACUGAUGAUGAGAAGGAGGAUAAGGAGGAGGAGGAGGAGGAGACACAGUCAGAAGAUCCUCGAUUUCUGCGAACACCUACCCCUGAGCCUGAGAUCUCAUUCAGGCUGAAUGGGAGGCAUGGGAGGACUGAAUUCAAACUUGUCAUCGAAUUCAAACUUGCCAUCAAAUUCAAACUUGCCAUCGAAUCCGAACCUGCCAUCGAAUCCAAACCUGCCAUCGAAUCCGAACCUGCCAUCGAAUCCAAACCUGCCAUCGAAUCCGAACCUGCCAUCGAAUCCAAACCUGCCAUCGAAUCCGAACCUGCCAUCGAAUCCGAACCUGCCAUCGAAUCCGAACCUGCCAUCGAAUCCGAACCUGCCUCCUAUUCGAAGUAG